AUGGCACCUGCACAGCAACAUGGAGGACAUCAACAGGAUACAUCGGGAGAGUUAGACCCAACAAAACCUCUGACCUGGCUCAUGCGCCAGAAGUGGGUUAUCACGAUAAUUGCUUCGUGCUUCACACUCAUCCCACCAGUCUCAUCAACCAUGGUUGCACCAGCCCUCGCGAACAUGUCAGCGGAUCUUGGUAUCAUAAAUGCCGUGGUCUCUCAGCUCACAUUCACAAUUUUCAUGCUUGCAUACGCCAUCGGGCCAUUGCUUCUCGGUCCCUUAUCUGAAACCAUUGGACGAUCGCCGGUUCUGCUAGCAUCGAACGUGUUCUUUUUGGCCUGGACUCUAGGCUGUGGAUUGGCAAGAAACAAGGCAGAAUUGAUUACUUUUAGAUUCCUGGCAGGAAUCGGUGGAAGUGUACCAUUGGCCGUAGACGCUGGUGUGAUCAGCGAUCUCUGGGCUCCAGGAGAACGCGGACAGGCAGUCGGUAUACACAGCCUUGCGCCGCUCUUGAGUCCCGUCAUCGGGCCCCUUGUCGGUGGUGCUGCCGGAGUCGUCGGCUUUGUCUUUAUACGCGAGACAUAUAUACCAGUCUUGCUCAAACAGAGACAAGACCAUGAGCCCCCUGAAGGAACCUCAGGCAGUAAUACUAGCGAGUCUCUAGCGACGCGGUUACGAUUGGCAUCUGUUCGCCCCUUACAUUUCUUUGUUACGGAACCUAUCAUUACGGUGGUCGCCAUUUACAUGGCUGCUGUGUUUGGUGUAUUAUACAUCCUCCUCUCUACGUAUCCCAAAGUCUGGACAGAAGAAUACGACGAGAGCCCUGGCAUUGGCGGCCUAAAUUACAUCUCUCUUGGUCUUGGCUAUAUACUCGGCUCCCAAAUCAACGCCGGCAGCAGCGACGCCAUAUACCAGAAGCUCAAAGGGGAGCCUGAGGUCCGGGUGCCCCCUAUGUUCGUCAGCUCUGCCUUGAUUCCUAUUGGUAUGUUUUGGUACGGGUGGAGCGUGCAGGCACAUACACAUUGGAUUAUGCCGAAUGUGGGAAGUUUCAUAUUCUCCUUGAGAUCGAUCACUUGUAUCUACGCAGAAUAUGCGGCGAGCGGUCUUGCAGCAGCUGUGCUGCUGAGAAAUAUUGCCGCAUUUGGGAUCCCUCUAUUCGCACCAUAUAUGUAUGAUUCAUUGCACUAUGGAUGGGGCAACAGCGUGUUGGGAUUUGCCAGUGUUGCUAUUGGGAUCCCAUCACCAUUCUUGUUUUGGAUAUAUGAAAAGAAGAUACGCGGGAUGUCAAAGUUCGCAGUUCAAUAA